GCUGGAUGGAUUCAAUUCCUCAACAAGUCCUAAACUUGCAGCCUGGCAGCACAGAUCAGAAGAAUCAACAACGCAGUGGGACAAUACAAGAGUUGUGUACAGACUGGUGAAAACAUGAAGACUGUGGUUCUCGCUCUCAUGGUGUUGGUGGUGGUCAGCCAGGGAACAAAUGUCUCCUAUGAAGAUGUGUUAAAGCACCUGAACCUGACCAAAACCAAGGAGCUGUACUCAAUGAUCCGACCUGUCAAAGACUACAGGGAACCAACACGGGUCUAUCUCGAAAUGUUACUUCUGGCAGUUCUAGAUGUGAGGGAGAUGGACCAGACUUUCGUUUCUUUCAUUCAGAUUUAUAUGAAAUGGGAACAUCCGCAUAUUUGUUGGGACCCAGAUCAAUUUGAUGGCCUUUAUAAGAUGAGAGUUCCUGCUGAUUUGUUGUGGAAGCCAGAUGUAACGAUUGAAGAGAUGUUAGAGAAGGACAACUCUGUUCCAAAUCCCUUCAUCACCAUUCAGUGGAACGGUUACGUUACACAAACCAGGGAGCUUAUGGUGGUCAGCUCGUGCAAGAUGAACAUUUACAAAUUUCCUUUUGAUACUCAGAGCUGCACAUUGUCUCUCUCGUCUAUGGCUUACCCAGUGGAGGAGUUGAGGUUUGAAUUCUACAAAGACAGUGAAAUGGUAACUGAAAUGACUCGCCAAAGGAUCCAGUCUGACUGGCAGUUCAUGAACAUGACAGUCCAGUACCGACCACAGCUUAGUCAAAAGCAAAGCGUCAUUUAUACUAUCACGAUGAAGAGGAAUCAAGGCGUCUUCAUCACCAACUUCUUAGUGCCCAUCAUGUUCUUAUACUGUCUGGACUUGGCCUCCUUCCUGAUGUCAGACAGCGGGGGCGAGAAGGUCAGCUUCAAGGUCACUGUGCUGCUCGCUGUCACUGUGAUGCAGCUUCUUCUCAAUGAGAUGCUGCCUUCCUCUUCAGACGUGGUACCGCUUAUAGCGGUGUACUGCAUUGGGAUGUUUGGUUUGAUGAUGAUCAACCUUCUGGAGACGAUUUUGGUGAUGUAUCUGAUUGAGAAAGACUCUGCAUCUGACAAACAGGGCAACUAUGAUGGAGAUGUGAAGAAAUGGACUCAAUGUGUUCGGUGGUGUAAGGUGUCUGAUGACCCGCCAUCUGAGCUGCUGUCUAUGGCCAAAGAGGAACAAAGAGGCGAACUGAUGGAGGAGUCCAAAUCCUUGGAGAAGCUCCUAGAUGCGCUGAGUGAGGCGGUGAAGGCACUCUCUCUGCUCCUCAGCAGGAAGGAAGAGAGGAAGCGCAGGAAGGAAGAGAGGAAGCCCGGCUACUGGACCAGGGUGGCUAGAAAAUUGGACAUCAUUUUCUUUUUUGUCUAUGUCACAGUGUCCGCUGUGUUUUUGGUUGUCAUCUUUUCAAAAUGGACCAAAGAAGACGAGUAGUGGUAACUAACUAGGGGUAAAUGAGUGGCGGUCCAUUUUAAGAACUUGUUUUUCUUACCCCCCAUAAAAGUCUGUUUUAACUCAUCCAACUUGUAUCUCAGCAAGUUUGUAGCUAUAGAGGAAAUUAGCAAAGUAGAUUAGGUACGUCACUUAUUCAAAAGCCAUCCAAUGUUAAAUAGGCGUAUGCCGACCCAUAUCCCCAGGUAAACCGUCUUCAACACCGCAAUGAUAUUAAACUGCAAGCCCGGGGGGGGGGGAGGGGUGUCUAAAGUCAAAGACCCCAACACCAAAUUAUACACCUUUUUUUUUGAGACCUUCAGACUUGGCUAAAAUGGUCAAAAUGAGUUUUGUAGUGUUUAUAAAGCUGUUAGAGGAUAUCAUGAAGCCUUGUUCCGAUAACAAGUUUAAGAACUCCUGAUUGUUUUAUAGAGGCCGUAGAGUUCACAAUGACUUGUUCUCUAUAUGGACCCUUAGGGAGAAAUCAUUAAACAUCAUUUAUUUCUAAAGAAUUACAGCAAGUCCUGCUACGCACAUAACGGGUGCAUUAUGAAUGUUAGAGGUCCCCUAUCAUCCUCCUCUUCAUCAAUAUAUCACAGGUCUCAGAUAUAUCCAGAGCCUGUCUCUGAUUGGCUGAAACACCAAACAGAUCAUUGCAGCAUUACCCAUAAUCCCCUCUGUUUCAGCCCUGUUUCCAAAGUGCUGAUUCUCUGUCUGUUACUUUAGAUGAAAAUAAGGAGCCCCUCCCCACGCCCCUCUGAGAGAGAUUUGCUUACCCUAACCCUAACCCUAACGAUCAUCUAAACUUUAUAUUGAUCAUAGCAACACAUUUUGACAAACUUUAAAACCUGUCUCAAGACUGACUUGAUUAGAACAUUGCUUCAAUGAACAUGUUCAUUAACGCCAGUCCCCCAUCAGUAGUUUAGGUUGGUUGGUCAGAACCAAAGUUUUAAACAAAACUCAUUGUUAUUUUUAAGAGGGGGUCGAGGGUUGAACUGACUUGUUAGGAAUCAAUACAUGAACCCCCAGGGGGAAAUCAUUCAUCAUAAUGCAUUUCUGAUUAAUGAGAGCAAGUUAUGCUAUGCUCAAUAAAGAGUAUGCAACCAUAUAUUACUAUUAUAAAUGUUAACUUAAAAUGGGCAGACACUAUGCAUUGUAAUUAAUCUACUACAUUGUGCUGUGUCACGUUACACAUUUUAAUCUGCCUUUAAUGUUGAUGUUCACUCAUAACACUGCAUGGAUCACUUGAACAGCCAUGGUGUAACCCUGAACAUUAAGAGGUUUUCCAAUUCUG